UCCUUCUUCCUGUUUUCUGUCGCAGCUCGUGGAUUAUCGGUGUCUCCGAAUAUUUGAUAUUUUAUUGAUUAUUGGCCGACAAACAGCAAAUAUAAUAAGGUUUAAUGUUUACAGAGAAUCUUCUGGUGUUUUGUUGUUUCUAUGUAAUGUCGCGGUGAGAGAAAUACGAGAAACUGACGGUGGAUUGAAACCCGGAAAUGGAUUCUGUAGCAGCUACUUCAUUGUUUUCGGUCCUGAACUUCAUCAUCUUCAUCUUCAUCUCUUCUGUCUCUACAGAUCAGAUAAACAUCACAGCUCAAACUGGACAGGACACAUUUCUGCCCUGCAGAUCUCCUGAUAAUAAACCUGUUCUGGUCUUACAGUGGAUCAGAUCUGAUCUGGGGUCAGAAUAUCUUCUUCUGUACAGAAAUGAUCAACUUGAUCUAGAAAACCAGCAUGUGAUGUUUAAGGACCGAGUGGAUCUGCAGGACAGACAGAUAAAGGAUGGAAACGUGUCUUUGGUUCUGAAGAACGUGACGACUGACGACAGAGGAGCUUAUGAAUGUCGAAUCAUUCAGACAGAAACAAACAGCAGAACUGAGACAGUCUUCAUCAUCAACCUGGAUGUUCUUCCUCCUCCAGAUCAGAAAAACAUCACAGCUCAAACUGGACAGGACACAUUUCUGCCCUGCAGAUCUCCUGAUAAUAAACCUGUUCUAGUCUUACAGUGGAUCAGAUCUGAUCUGGGGUCACAAAAUGUUCUUCUGUACAGAAAUAGGAAGAUUGAUCUAGAAAACCAGCAUGUGAUGUUUAAGGACCGAGUGGAUCUGCAGGACAGACAGAUGAAGGAUGGAAACGUGUCUUUGGUUCUGAAGAACGUGACGACUGACGACAGAGGAGCUUAUGAAUGUCGAAUCAUUCAGACAAACAGCUGGAUGGAAAUCAUCUUCACCAUAUACCUGGAUGUUCUUCCUCCUCCAGGGGAACCGGAUGGAGGGAACCGAGACGGACCUGCUGGUCAGAGGAAUCUGGUGAUUUAUGUUGUGAUUCCAUUGGUGGUUUCGUUAGCUUUAGGUAUUUCAGGUAUUUUUGUUGUUUAUUGGAACCGUAAAAAACCUUUGUGUUUGAGUCCAAAGUCAAACCAGAGUUCUGAAGAACCACUUCAAGCUGAGCAGCCUUUAACGGGUCAGAACCAACCAGCUGAUUAGUGAGUCCAGUCUGAUGGAUCCAGAACCUUCAUCAUGAAUCACAGACUGUUUUCAUCGGAAUCAGAGGAAACCAAACUGGUAUCAGCUAGUUCUGUCCUUCACCAGAACCAAACCAAGUGUGACCGGUGGACUUCUGCGUUGUGUGUUAUGUGGUGAUCAGACAAACCACAAAACUCAGAGUCAGGGUUUGGAGGCUCUCCGUUUAUUUAUCCUGUCAAUCAGGAGACAUUAGCAUUAGCAUGUGCUCUAGUUCUCCAGCCUGAUCUAUACAAAAUAACAGUAUUAACAUGCAUCAGAUGUUAUAAAGGCGUAAUAGCAACUCAACUGAAAAUAUCCAUCAUUAAUACAGGCGGAAAAAUAAACAUUCGAACAAUAUAAAUAAAAGGAAUACAACGGAUUAUAAAACUUGCCUCUCCCCAGUGGAACCAGUAACAAAAGGGAAGAGGAAAUUAAAAACUGAGUAUUUAUAAUGAUCCUGGAGGACCCCGAACAAAAGAAGAAGAAAGAAGGGCGGAGCUGGAGGACCAAACCCCUUAUAGCAGAGGAACACAAGGACAGAAAAAUAUAAGAGGACAAAUAAAUUAAAGAAAAACAUUUUGUGGAAAUAUAUAACUAACAAUAUAAACCCAGUUACACAGGCCCUUACAGAACUGUUCCAGAACCGAUCCGUUCCAGAACCCGUCCAAACUGGACCGAAUGCUUCAUUAUUACAGAAACUGAGUGAAGCUGCAGGUUAUUGUCAGGAUCUGCUGACAGUUUGUGACUUUUAGACGUUUCUUGUGGAUUUAAAAUGUUUUUAUUUUCUGUUUCUGUUACUGAGCUGCUUAAAGAGACGGAGGCUUUUAUUUGAUUUAUUUAUUCAGGAUGGAUCUCACUUGGAAACAAAAACUAAUGAACUGAAGCACCACCAGAUUUGUGGUGCAGCAUCUAUGCACCAAAAAUCUGGAACAAACUUCCAGAAAACUGUAAAACAGCUGAAACACUGACUUCCUUUAAAUCUCAACUAAAAACCCACUUGUUUAGAGUUUUAUUGGAAACGUAAUGAAUUACUAAUUUAUUGACUAUGUUGUGUUUUUAUUAUUGAUUCUAUGUUUCUUUGUGUUUUUGUGUUUGAUUUGAUGUAAAGCACUUUGAAAUGCCUUGAUGCUGAAAUGUGAUAUACUAAUAAUAUUUGAUUGAUUGAUUGAUUGAUUGAUUGUAAUAAGUUGUAAAAUCCCUGCAGGUCAGAUUGUUGAAUCAUCAGGUCAGCAGAUCAACCAACAUGUUCAGACAGCAGAAAUCACUCCACAUGAUGUUCAGCUGGUUCACAUCAAUCCUGUUUAUUAAAAUCAUAAAACUCAAACUUA